UCAGCAAUGCUCCUGUACACCUGGUCAUCACCACCCUAACCCCUCAAGGCUUUACAUUCUACUUCAAACAAUGUCAACGGAACAAGCUUCUACCAAUGUCCGCUCACUCAGGGAACGCAUCGCAGUUAUCCGCCAAAACAGCAUCACCCUAAAAAAGAGGGUAGCAGGCACUGUGGGGCGAGGAGGCUUGGGUUGGAAAGGCGAAUCAGCACGACAAGAGCUCGCCGCAUCACUCCGCACACACUUUGCGCAAACCAGUGGAGACGGCAAGAGUGAGAGUUUGUACUUGCAUGAUAUCAGGAGCCAAGAGUGCUUUGAUAGUGGUACGGAAAUCAGAAAAGGCGAACGCAGGCACCGAGGCCGGAAUAAGGGCUGUAGGAGAAGCGACAGUAUCGAGCCUUUGAACGAUGCGGUAGCGCAAGAGGAGGAGAAGACGAGCUAUGCAGGGUGGCACAGUUUAAACAAUGGGCUGAUGCGGAAGAAGAAGCUGGACGAGUUGCAAGGCAUGUACUCGAGUGGAAGACGUUUUGCUAGUACCAAGGGAACAGCAUUGCAAGACGUCUUCAGUUUCGCCGCCGGUGAUGCGCUCGACGAAAACGGCAUGACGUUUUCGUCACACCACGACCACCACUACUACCACUACUAUUAUUAUUAUUGCCGCAUCCCCGACCACGCUUUUCCCUUGACGCCUGCUGCUGCUCCCCGCAGUAAGCCCGGAGAACUCUAUCGCAACUGUAGUUAUGCUGAAAAUCGAUACUCGUCCGGCCCGUACCCCUCCUCUUCCUCUGCCUCCUCCUCCCCCCCACCAACCUCCCACCCCCAACCCCCUGCGCCGCCAUCACGCGCGCCCUCGUCGCACAGCCUUAUUGCACCCUCUGCCGCGCCUCCAAAAUUCUCCGUGUGGCCCUCUACCCGCGCAAUCUCGCCCAUAGAGCCCUCUGUCGCGAAUCACCAUCGCUUGUCGCCUGUACCCAUUUCUUAUUCUUGCGCUACUGCCACUACCUUUUCUUCUUGUACCGUACCGUCCCGAGGCCCAAGCCGAAGCGCAAGGCGGGAUCUACAGUAUUCUCCAUCCACGCCAGCGGGAAAGGGGCAAAAGAGAUGGAAUGAUGAUGGGGGUGCCGAACACGAUGAUGAUUAUGAUGAUGUAGAGUUGCCGCCUACCCACCCUUUGUACGGCCUUGACACACAGCAACGGCGAAGCUACUGGGACGAACUGCCUUCGUAUCGCUCCGACGCAUCAAGGCUGGCCUUGACAAACUCGCGCUCCACGGCGCACAAAGAUUCCACGCUCAGGGGUAGUACGGAUUCUUGGUCGCAGGUCCAGUUCCAACUACUCGGCCCGGCAGCACAGUCGUACCGGGAAAUCCUUGUGGCAGACAUUGAGCGCACUUUUCUGCAAGUCCUAGGUCCCGAGGCGAGGAAAUUAGUGCGAGAUAUGAUGAGUCCAAUGUCAGAGUCGACGAUUAGAUCGGUGGGUAUAAUAAGGGGCGAGGAGGACCUGAGUGCGGCAGUACCCGUAGAAGCCGAUCACGAAGCGAAGAACAAAAAGACAAGCGGCGCCGGCAAGCUCUGUCAAUCACUUACCUGCCGAACUGGAGCUACCAGCCCUGAUGGACCUGCGAGAUCUGUCGACCCGGAAAUGCAGUCGGCCGAUGUAGCUGCUGUGCCCAAGAAAUUCGGUAUGGCGUACUUGACCAGGAAAAUGCGCUCUGACCCGGUGGGCUGGAGAAAGUACAAGGACAAACAAAGAAAAAUCCACGAAAGCACUCGAGGCGAAGUAAUAGCAAUAGAUGAGGAAGAUAAACAGCAUGAUGCUGGUGCACAGAAGCAGAACAUCGAGUUGCAACCAAUGCAACAGAGCAGUCAGCAAGAACUUGAGACGCCUACACCAAAAUCCGGAGUUGAGACGUCUGCCGGGGAAAAUCACGGCGACGCGGCUCCACCUGUUCAGCUCUCGAAUACGAUCCAGCGCGAACCGGAGGGUAUCAUAUCGUCGUCUCCUACUUUGAGUCCUUCAAUACCCGGUCCAAGCCAUGCCAGCCCAGCACCCCGCGAGCCCGCUCGGGAGCGGACAGCAACCAGAAUACGAGCCACUUCUCAACCACCGCAAUCAAUGCAACAGAGAUCCGAGUCAUCCAGAUCCAGCCUGAGCGAACGUCUCCGCACAACGCGCCUCGAAGAUCUCCGUCUCCACUCAGACACGGCGCAGGAAAUCCGUGAAUUGAUGCUGGAUCUAGACCGAGACCGCAGUCAAAGCAUGUCCAAAGCCACUGGGUCGCGACACAGACCCGCAUUGGGCGAAUUACCAGGCGGCUUUACAAGUACCAAUCCUACGGAAGCAAGCUCACGCCGCAGCAAAUCCCCCCGCGGCGCCCUAGAACGCCAUUUCCAGACGCUCCAAGAAGCAAACGACGAGGCGCGCCACAGAGGCCAAACGCCCUUGCGCUCACAGCCCAGUAACCUGACGCUACCGCGCAGUUUCAAGGCCCCAACUACACACAGCCGCGCGUCGUUAUCGCACUCGCGGCCCUCGACCUCCGUAACGGAAGAUACGAAUGCCGAAGCAGUCUCUGCGCAGAGUAGUAGCACGGCUGUGGAUACCAUGCGCCCGCGUACUGAUGGCGAGAACUACGGCUCUACUAGUACCAUUUCACCAGAAGAUGCAGAUGCAGAAAUAAAUACGACCCCGCAGCGAGAAAAUAGCUGAAGAAAGCUCUCUCCUUCACGCACACAUUCAAACACUCUCACUUUCUAGAUCUUCUCCGCGGAGGAAAUGAGAAAACAUACACAUGCAUUCGCACUCAACACACAUGGAAGUAUCAGCGCUGCUGCAGAAUACUUACCCCAAGAGCCCAAGGCCAGAAUGGCUUGACUUGCACUUACCUUAUUGCUUCAUUGACACAUCUCCAUAUCAGCGGUAUUUAAACUCCACAUCUGUCUGUCUGUCUGUCUGUCUGUCUGUCUGUCUGUCUGUCUGUCUGUCUGUCUGUCUGUCUGUCUGUCUGGAUUACACAAUAUGGCUCAGUCGCUCUACAUUCACCUACCCAUCCACUCACUCACUCACACAUCCAUACAACUCCAGACUCCCAAA